AUGGACUACAAGGUGUACAUGUGUGUAGUGUGCGGCUUCAUUUAUGAAGAAGAAUAUGGGUUGCCUGAAGAGGGUAUUCCUGCCGGGACACGCUGGGAAGAAAUCCCUGAUACAUGGAUGUGCCCUGACUGUUCGGCGUUGAAAGAUGAUUUCGACAUGCUCGAAAUCUGA